CAACUCAAACACAGUGAAUUUUUCGCAAACACUCUCGAUAAGUCUGUCUAGUCUAGUCAGGAUUAGAAUAAGUAUAGUUUUUUAGAGUCUAUCGAGUCUGCAUUUAGUCUGCAUAUGUUUAGAAGAGUCAUUUCUAUUCAUGUGGGGGAUUGUUGGAUCAAUUAUUAAUAAAGCCCAUGGCUUAUUUAAAUAAUUGUGAACUGAUGAAAAGAAAUGGGCCUCAGCCUUGUUUCUAGUAAAUGAAGAGGGAGUAACAAAGUCCCACAUCGGGGAAGAGGAACAAAAGUGUGAUGUUUAUAUAUGGGAUAACACACUCACUUGUUUAAACGAGUCAGAGAAGGAAGAGACUCCCCACGCGCGCGCCGCCGCCGCCGUCCGGCCGGCUCGGCUCGGCGUGGGCGUGGGCGUGGGCUUGGGCUUGGGCUUGGGCUUGGGCUUGGGCUUGGGCUUGGGCUUGGGUGGAGGGCCUUUGGCCCGAUAAGAAUUAUUCUUUUUGGACCAAGUUAAGCUCAACAUCUUGUCAUUUAAAAUCUCAAAAAACAACAUGCAUUUUAUUUGAAACGACAAGCAGUUUGUCUAUAAAAUAAAAACGUCAUGCAGUUCAUCCUCUCGAGAUAUUUAAACGAGAUAAGAGAGAGAGAGAGAGCGAGUCUUGGGGAAUAAGUUUGUAACUUAAACUUCCCGAGAUCUUUGCCAAAUCCCCACUAACGAGCGCACGUUAUGCAACAGUUACGGGAAGUCGCUCCUCGUCCAUCUCUUUAAAUACAACUCGUCUCUCUUCUCAUUUCCUUAACUUUUUCGAGAUCAAAAAUCCAACAGCAAAAAUCCCUCUGCGUAAGUCUAUAUUGCGAGAGUGUUUCGUAGAGUUAUAGUUCGAUAGGGCGAUCACGAGUGAGGCGUUAUUCGUCUGCCAUGGUUUUAUCCUGGGACUCUAUAUUCGUACAGUUCCGUCUCACUAACGGAGCGAAUAUUUUGAGUUAAGGAAAGAGAUCAUAUCUCGACUCCAUGUCUCUUCGCGAAUACGAUUUCUUAUCGUUCUUGUAUUCGCUUUAUACAUUCGUAUAUUUUCCUUAACAUCGCUUUUAUUCUAUCGUUUUAUAUCAGUCCGGUUUUCCGGCUUAUACAAAACGUUCGACCAAAAAAUGGAAGUUCGUCAGGCUAUUGAAGCUGCCGGAAUACCUUACACUUACGUUGUUGGCGCUUGCUUCGCCGCAUAUUUUACUGGAAACCUAUCUCAGAUGGAAACGUUACUCCCUCCAAAAAAAGAAGUUAAUAUAUACGGAGAUGGUAAUGUAAAAGUGGUGUUUGCGGAUGAAGAUGAUAUUGCGAACUACACUUCCAAAACUCUAAACGACCCACGAACUUUGAACAAAACCGUGUAUGUCAGGCCUCCGAAUAACGUUCUCACGCAUAUUGAAUUAGUUCAGAUUUGGGAAAACCUAACCGGAAAUGAAUUGGAGAAAACCAAUAUUACUGCAAAAGACUUCCUUUCCAACAUUGAACACAUGGAGAUUCCACAGCAAGCGGGGCUAGGACAUUUUUAUCAUAUUUUCUAUGAAGGAUGUCUCACUGAUCAUGAAGUGGGAGAAGAUGAAGAAGCAUCAAGUCUCUAUCCGGAUGUGAAAUACAAGCGCAUGGAUGAUUACUUAAGAAUGUUCCUCUGAUAAUAUUUUGGUUAUAUCAGCACAUCUAUGAUAAUGUAUGCAUAUCAUAAGUUUGAAAUAUUUAUUCACAUU